AUGCCUCAACUGGAUAAAUUCACUUAUUUCACACAAUUCUUCUGGUCAUGCCUUUUCCUCAUUCUUAUUAGGUUCUAUCUCCCUUUGGAUUUAGAAGUGAAACUCUUUUGUUACUAUAUAACAAAGCCCAAGUUACAGCGGGCUCUUUCUAUUCUGAAAUAUUUCAUAUGUCUUUAUUGCUUGCUAACUCUUGGAUAUAGGAUCUACGCAAACUUGUUUAAUGCGGUUUUACUUCAUUCCAUAUUUGGUAUUCUCCCAUCUGAACUGGAGCUACUAUCCCACUAUCUGAAUCAACCGGAUAAGGAUCCAGAAUGGGUGGAAUUCGUACGAGAGCGCCUACAAACCCAGGGCCUCUCACCCAGGGAGUACGAAAUCAUGGUGCGGGACUUCCUCAAUACCGAAUUGUGUUUUGCAACUCGAGAGCAGAUUUCCUCCCUCUAUCAACUCCUUUUUUAUGGUCGGGAGGAUCCACAAUUCUUCAUUGAUCCACAAGACCUGGAUUCCAUACUGAGGGUGCACCUUGAACCCUUAGAAUUCAAUCACCCUGCUCUAUGCCAGGUCUUAGAAAGUCUAUGUGUCGAGAAGCAUGAUUCCCCUUUUUAUCAAGAUGUAAAAAUGGCUCAAGCGCAUCAUUUUCGUGGCUUUAUAAACUUAAAGCACCAAGCGAAAUUGGAAAUGCAACAUCGCCUAGAGUUAGGAGAGGUAUGGAAAUCUCUUGAGAGAAGGAACGCUUUUCUAAGCCAGGAAAACGCCUCUCUAAGAGAAAAACUUUUAAUUCUCGACAGGGAAGCCCCAUAG